AUGAACUUCGACUAUGGUAUAGUCAGACCCAACCGGUUUCCUGAAUCCCGGUUUCCUCAUCCUUUUUUCUAUAAUCACCAGGAUCUGGAGGCUAUCAAAUACUCUGAAGAAUGGAACAUUAUUUACAUAUCACAGUUGAUUCGCGAAAAGCCGGAAUGGAAACGAAAGAGUAAGCAAAUAUCGAUAGUUGCAAAUUGGAAAUCAGAGAUCGAAUCUCAGUUCAGAGACAAAACAGACUACUUUGAAGACAUAUGGGACUAUGUAAUGAAAGAAUUAGAAUGGUACAUCGGUGUAGAAAGAAACUUUCCGGGACUUGAAAAAAAUGGAUUUACCAUUGGAUGUGAUGAUAAGGUGGUGUUCUCAGAUACGGUAGUUAGUUCCAAGACGAAGGAAAAGCUAGCCACCUGUGUAAACAAUUUCGUAGAACAUGAGUUCAAGGAUACUGGUCCUGAAUAUCAUCCUGGGAGUAACGAUCAAGUAGUCGACAUAGUCCAUCCUUCCUUGUACCCACUUCAAUAUGGAGUUACGCCAUACAAUGCUACAAGGAAUGAGAAAGGCAUGUCUAUUAUACAGUUUGAUGAGUCUGUUGGUAAAUGUAAGUAUGGGCCAGAUAUAUGGGCUCAAUCGGAAUCAUUUCUGUGGCUCCCAGCUCUAAUGAGUCUCUCAAAAGAUUCUUGGAAUUCUACCACUUACCAUUUCCAAUCGUACAUAAAUAAUUUGCACCCAAAGUAUGAGGAUUUGUAUCAUGUUAUCGAAGAUGUAUUCAAUGCGGCGGUUCCAGGUUUGAAUUUUGUUUUAUCAAGAUACAAGACGAAGGCAUUUAAUAGGAUACCAAUUAGUGAGAGUAGCUAUUAUACGGAAGAGUGGGAAAAGAUGACUGAAGAUUAUUGGGAGAAAGAAGAGCAAGAAAACAUUUCGAAUGAUGAAUAUGAAACAUUUCAUGCUCAAAGAGUAAAUUACUUGAAGCCGCUAUCGAUUAAUUACGAAGUAGAUCCACCAGUAGACUAUACGUUUGAUAUAAGGGACACUUUUGGCUAUUUAAAGGUUAUUGUCAAAUUGGCAAACAUUGAAUUGACGCCAGAGAAGCCAUUUUACGCAGGCGGAACUUGGCACAUUGAAGGUACCAUCAAUGAGGAUAUCGUUGCAACUAUUUUGUACUAUUAUAAUUGUAAUAAUAUAACUGAAUCCCGAUUAACUUUCAGAUCGUCAUUUGAAGACCCCGAUUACGAUCAAGGUGAUACCAUUGCGUUAGACAAGCUCUUCGGAUUGAAAGACGGCGAUAUAAUGAACAGAAUAGUUGGAGACAUCAAGUGUCAAGAAGAUAGGCUCUUAGUAUUCCCUAAUGGUUUUCAGCACAAAGUUGAACUGUUCGGCUUAGAAGACAAGACUAGAGCUGGUCAUCGUAAAAUCUUGUGCAUGUUCCUUGUAGAUCCAUAUAAUGACAAAGUUGUCACAUCAGCACAAGUACCACCACAGCAAUAUUCUUGGUACGAACAAGAUAGAAUAGACGAGCCAAUUAGAGAACAAUACUUAAAAGAAAAAGCAGAACUAGAUGUGAACAAUGAGUUCUUCAACCCGCCAGACAAAUGGGACAUGUUACAGUUCUUUGGCUCUAAAUGGAGACAAGAGGUCGAUGAGUUGAAGAACGAAGGUGGCAGGGUCAGCUGGCCGAUGUCAUUAGACGAAGCAAGGGAAAUUAGAAAGAAAUUAAUGGACGAGAGAAAGGUCCCAGAAGAUCCAGAAGAUGGUUUGGCAUUCACCAGGGAAUUUGCACUAUGCGAGCAUUGA